AUGAUGCUUGCAACCGGGCUUCGCACCGUCUCUCGCAUCGCGCCGCGAACAGCCUCCAGGGGUCUGCUCACCAAGGCCGAAGAAUGGACUCCCCAAAUGGUCAAGGAGAUCGAGGCGAACGGUGCGCCGAGCGUUGAUUUGAAAUCUACUUUGCCCAACAUUGAAGCUCGAUGGAGCAACCUAUCCAAGGAGGAGCAAUACACUAUCUACCGUCAGCUCGAAGAGGUUCAGCGACGGGACUGGAAGGAACUCUCGCUUGAUGAGAAGAAGGCUGGUGAGUUGUGCAGGGAGGAGCUUCCUUGAGCUUCGGUCGGUGGUGCAGCAGCUAGUACACGUACCCGCAGCACAUUAGGUAUGCGCUCAAAGAUCGAACGGUCAUUAUCGAGCUGGCUUGACUUUACUGCUGCAGAUCCGGGGAGCUUCGGGUGCUUGGACUUGUGAGCAUUGCGAUUGUCGCCUCUCCUGCUCUCAACGAGCAAAAUUUGCGCAAGCGUAGGACUGGCAGCUGGUUCACUAUACACAGUGUCCAGUGUCCAGCGAUGCGCUGUGCUUCUUUGCGGGAAACCCUUAUGAAGGCAUGCUGCAGUAUUUGCAUCGAUUUUGAAGCAGGCGUGCGGCAUUCGUAGUCCCUGCUUGGGGUGGAACUCCUCCGCAUGAGCAAAUUUCGCCCAACCUUCCGAUCCGGUCCGCGACCAUGGCUUGAUCUCGAUUUAAAGGCGGGCGCAGCUUGAACCCUUUCGCAGGCCCGCGGAGGAGACCAAGCAGAGUCAUGACGAAGCCCAUCAGAGACGCGCGCUGGUGCACAUCGGCUCACCUACCUCGUCGCAACCACCUUUUCUAGCUUACUACAUUUCGUUUGGUCCUCAUGGCCCUCGCAAACCCAUCACCCAGCCCGGACAAGCCAUCAAGACCGCUUUCGGCGUAACUGGUCUCAUCAUUGCGACUUUUGGCCUCUUCUUCGGAUUGAGACAAUUCGGUGAGUAGCGCAUAGGGUCAUCCGCUCUGGAAUGGGGCACUACACUGACGCCCUCAAUUACAUCGUUACAGCCAACCCCAACCAACCAAAGACCAUGACGAAGGAGUACCAAGAACAAUCCAACGAGCUGGCUCGCCAACAGAACCAGAACCCAAUCACCGGUAUCUCUUCGGAGGGCUACAAGGGCGAGGGACACGUCCAGAAGGUGAGCAUUGCGCGAUGUGCGCGUAGUAUGCACGGUGGCAUACUGACUCGUCUGUCUGCCCGCCUUACCCUCACUUCACCUCUUAGUCUUAUGUCUGA